AUGUGUUGGUCGGACGAGCAGCUGAAGGCUAAGGCGGCGAAGGACGCUGCUGCGGCGGCUGCGGCUGCUGCUGCUGUGGCGGCGGCGACGGCAGCGGCAGCGGCGAAAGCCAACCCCGCGACCGGAAAGCCGCCACCGCCCGCCACCGCAGCGGAGGGAGCGACAGCGGCAGCAGAGGCGGAAGCCUCCCCCCCUCUCCCGCACGCGCCGAUCCUCGGCUGCGCGGGCCGCUGGCUCGGAGCGAGGGUCUGCGCGGACCCCCGCCCGCCCCCUCCGCCGCCGCCGCCAUCCUGCUCCCGCCGCGGAGCCGCCGCCUCCGCCGUCGCCGAAGCGGUGGCCUCAUCCCAACGAGACCUCGGGUACCCGCUGCCUAGGAAGAGGCGUUUUCGUCCGCUGGGGCUCGGGGGAGACGGGGAUGAAGGGGCGACGGGGGCCGCUUUUGAGGCCAAGGUGGAGGGCGAGGGUGGCGUCACGCGGAACGGAGGAGUGGAGGGGGGCGGCGGCGCGGCCGCCGGGGCUUUGGGCGGCGACGCGGCCGGCGGCGGCGGCGGGGCCGCCCAGGGGGCGGUGAGUAGCGCGGCGCCCCUCCCGUCAGGAGCGACGCCUGCUGCUGCUGCUGCUGCUGCUGCGGCAAACCCUUCUUCAUCAUCGAACGCGGGGGGUGGGGGGGCGGUCGGAGCGGCGGGCGGGGAUAACGAUCAGUGGUACCAGCACUACCACGCCGUCAGACGGGUCCGGGAUAACGAGGCCUCUCGGGGGGGGGGAGGACUACCUAUCCCCCCCGGGGAGGUGGCCGCGAUGCGCCGCCAACGCCUGGUCAAGGCGGCGGAACCGCAGAACCAGCGCGGUCUGACACGGUUCCAGCUGUCGCAGAUGCUGGAGGAGAAGACAAAGGCCUUCAAGGAUGUCCGAGCGAGGCUCCGCCUAGUGUUGGAACGCAAGCCCCGGAUACUGCCGCCUGUGAAGCCGCCCCGGAGGCGCAAGACCCUGUGGGACUUCCUUCUAGACGAGAUGCGUCUCAUCGCAACCGACUACAACGAAGAGCGGAAGCUGGCGAGACACCUCUUGAGGGGGGUGGCGAAUCGGACGCGGCUUGCUCGGAGGGAGUUCUGCGAGGGGCGGCCGCAAGCUCGAGACGGACGUGUCGCCGACGCCGGUGUGGCGAUCUGCAGGCACCUCUCCCUCCUCGGCUCCUCGCCUCCCCGCUCUACCACCGCCUCCGCUGCGGCGGAGAAACCCAUGCAGAACGGGCCGGGGGGCGGGGGGGGCGGGAAGGGCCCGCUGUUGGCUUCUUGUCCUUCGACUUCUGGUGGUAUUGGAGGCGGGGAGGAGAUGGAGCUGACGAUGCCGGAGCUGAGCCGGAUCGGGUUUGAGGUGGAGCAGUUGACGACGAGGGCGAAAGCGCUAGUGGAGGCGGCGCUAGCAGGGGACGCGGGCAAGGCGUCCCCUGUGAAGAUGGAAGGCUUGGACGCCUUGGAUGGGACUGGCAUCAAUGGGGCGGCUGGGUACAACGAGUUCUCCUCCCGCAAUCUUAGCAGAGCACCAGACUCGUGGGGAAUGGCCGUUCACCUGCUACCCCACCAGGAGAAGGCUCUCUCCUGGAUCAGGGCUCUGGCUGGGCGUGGUCUGGGGGGAGUUUUGUGUGACGACCGCGGGACAGGGAAGACGGUGACUGCGGCGGCGACUGUGGCGAUGGUGGCGGCUUGCCGGUCGGUCGUCGAGACUGAGCGCACCGACAUCUUCCUGGUGCAGGAGGAGAAGCGCCUAUCCGAGCACUUGGUCAAGGGGGAGGCUGAGGAAUCCGGGGCUGCAUCGGGAGCAUCCUCUGCCGGGGGUGCCGGUUCGAAAUCGCAGGGUGCGGCUACCAAAGGCGGCAGAACUUCCACGAAGGCGUCGCGGCCGGGACGGGGGGCGCUUGCGAUGCGUCCCCGGCCGGGAAGCCUCGCGCCGCCCCCGCAGCUGGUCGUGGUGCCCUCGUGGGCGAUGGCGAGGUGGCACAUGGAGCUGGCGCAGGCUUGUCCGCGCCUGGUCAUCAAGGUGUGGGAGGAAUGGAGGAGCCAGGAACACCAUCACCAUCACCGUCAUCGGUCAGCAUCCUCGUCGCCGCCUUCCUCCUUGCAGCAGAAGCUGUCGCCGCAGGCCACCGCCGCCGGCGGUAGCGUUAGCGGUAAGGCACGGUUGCCACCUACGGCGAGGCGUUCCUCGGUGGACGUGGUUCUUUGCUCCCUCGAGCGCCUGGCGGAGGUGGACGGAGGGGUCUCCGCGGACGCGCGUCUUGCGCGUUCGGUGCGGUGGAGCCAGGUGGUUCUGGACGUCCGGGGGGUAUCAACGGCCGCCGCUCCCGCUACCCCUUCUAGUCCCGCCGCCACGGCCGCAGCGUCGACAUCGAGUACCGGCGGCGGCGGCGGCGGCGGCGGCGCUGGUGGCGGCAAGGCCGGCUGCCGUUUUACCGUCAACUGGCCCCUGUUCUCCUCGCUUGCGAAGGGGGCGGCCCUGGCGCUAGCGCUGGACGAUGCCGGUAACACCACCGCCGCCACCGCCGCCGCCGCCGCCGCCUCCGCCGUAGUGCGGGAAGAGAACCGCCUCGCCGGUCUCGUGUCGUUCGCGCUAGCGUCCGCGGUGCCGGGGCCUCGCGCCGCUCUGUCCCUCGGCAAAGCGCGGGCGACAAGCACCGCCACCAGUGGCGGCGCCGGCGGGGCCGGCGGGGCCGGCGGGGCCGGCGGUGGCGGAAGCGCCCUGUCUUCGUCGGCAGCGGCGGCGGCAACGGGGGGGAGCAUGGCCGCCGCACGGGGCCCCGGUGGCAGGGGCGUCUGCGCGGAGCUCGCGGGUAUAGUGUCGGCGGUGAGGCUUGUCCGGCCGGGGCUCGCCGGCAGGUUGCUGUGCGCGUCGGUUGGGGGGGCGGCGGGGGGAGGAGGAGGAGGAGGGAGGGCCCGGGUGGUUGUGAAGGAGUACGUGGUUCGGUGCGCGAUGACCGAGCCGCAAGCCAAGGUUUACUCGGCCGUUGCCAGAUCGCGUGAGGUCGUGGCCGCACUCUCCGGGGAAGGAGCCGCCAUUCCUCCCUCAGCGCCCGCUUCAAACGGCCUAACUACCCCGGCAACAACACCAACACCAACGGCGGCGUCGUUGUCAGCAGCAAAAGGGGGGCCCGCUACGACGGGAGGGGGAGAGGGGGGGGGUGCCAUGGAGGAGGCGCUGCUGGCCCUGCGGCGAGCGGCACUGACCGGCGCCCUCGAGAAGCCGCCGCCGCCCGGCGCCCUGCUGUCCGCCGGGCAGGCGGAGGCUCGGAAGGAGGAGUUUUGGAGGGGGCACGUCAAGGUGGGUUGGUUUGGUUCGGGAUUGAGAUUGAGAUUGAGUUCAAGACUUGUAUUCAUAGAUGCAUAA